UUGCUUCAGUACUUUGGGCCUAUAUAAAAUAUAUCACCCACCUCUACUGCUUCCUCCUCCACAUGUUCAGGCUCUCAUCCUUCAUACCAAUAGAUUCAGUUUUGCUGUUUUGGUUAACACUUAAGUUAAUUUUUAGAGCUAGUUUUUUUUUUUUUUAAUGGAACUAUUGUGGGAGGGGAAAUCAUGAUGCAGAAAUCCUUGUUAGCAGGUUGGAGAUUCUGCCUGACUCACCAGAGUGAAGGAUGAGGAGAAUUUGUGACUGGCUAGGAGGCUGCUACCUGCAGAAAACAGAUCUCCAGGUGGAGACUUUGGAAUUUUAAAGAAGACAGUCAAUAAUCAUACUCACCUGAAUGAUGAAACAAAUUGCCAUGGCUGGAACCAAUGAUUACUAAAUCUUUACUAUCAGCAGUCAGUGGAACCAUCACAUUUGAACUCUAACAUCUCAGUCCCUGAUGUACUAUAUGAGGAAAUGGAAAUGGCACCAAAAAGAUGAAGAUGGAGAAAAACAGCUGGACCCGACCAAGUACACACAGAGGAAUUCCUUGAUGGAGGCAACACAGUUUUAAAGGCAUUAAGGGACUUAUUUCCAAGGAAGCAACAAGACAAUCAUGUAUAUUACAACUCUAAAAUAUGCAGGUCAUUGCAUCUUAGUGAGAAUAGCAACUGAAACUUCACUCUAGCUGAUCCACAAGAAUUCUGCUGAACUAAAUUUUCAUCCCAAUAUUUCAUCAUAGCAGAAAAUACUCCAGCUCCCUAAGAACACUGCAGAUUCAUACAGCUUUGUGAUGGAAUUACUUUUAAUGAACAGGACUGUCUUAUUGUGUGAUCCCAGAGACAUUGCCAUCUAAUGCCUAUAGAUUACUGUGUAGAAGGCUCCAAGGAGAAAGAGACACCAGUAAAUUUUCAGAGUCCCUGGAAAAAUGGAAGCAACAAAGAUUUAAAAAGCACAGCUUUGGACACACUCCAUGUGUGUACACAGCUUUCAAGUGAACUAGCACUUAAGACCGUGUGUAGCAAAAUGGACUCUGGGGACACGGCUAUAGGGCAAAAAGUUACCUCAAGGUCUGGAGAAAUUGCUAAAGUACCAAGUAGAUGGAGACAAGAACAAUCAGCUGUUAUUAAGAUGAGCACUUUUGGCAAUCAAGAAGGACAGAGGCAACCACAAAUAGAUCCUGAGCAAAUAGGAAACACAGCAUCAGCACAACUUUUUGGUUCUGGGAAACUGGCAUCAUCUACUGAAGCUGUUCAUCAGGCUGUAGAGAAGUCAUAUCCGCCACACCGCCCAAGUCCUUACUCAUGCCAACAUUCACUUUCUUUUCCUCAACAUUCAUUGCCACAGGGGUUCAUGCACAGUGGUACCAAACAGCACCAGAGCCUGGAAGGCCAUCAUCCAUGGCAGUUUCCUGGCCAUAUGCAGUCAAUUUCCUCUGAGGACUUAUUUUCUUUUCCUAUCCAUGGCCAUAGUGGAGGCUUUGCCAGAAAAAAGAUUCCCAGCCUGAACCCUGCUUAUAGUCAAUAUGCACAGAAAAGUUUAGAACAAUCAGAUGAUGCUCAUAAGAAAGAGCACAAACCCAAAAAGCCUGGCAAGUACAUUUGCCCCUAUUGUAGCAGGGCUUGUGCCAAACCAAGUGUAUUGAAAAAACACAUUAGGUCCCACACUGGUGAACGGCCUUACCCUUGUGUACCUUGUGGUUUCUCUUUUAAGACAAAGAGCAAUUUAUACAAGCACAGGAAAUCACAUGCCCAUGCAAUUAAGGCAGGAUUAGUCCCUUUCACGGAGUCGGCUGUGUCUAAAUUGGAUCUAGAGGCCAGUUUUAUUGAUGUGGAAGCAGAAAUACAUUCUGAUGGUGAACAGAGCACAGAUACUGAUGAGGAAAGCUCUUUAUUUGUGGACCGCCCUGGCAACCUGAGUCCAGGACCGUCAGUUCCAUUGGAUAUUGCUAGUAGGAGUAGCUAUCAUGGGUCUUUGGAAGAACCCUUAGGAUGCCCAAUGAAGGUGCCCAUUUUGAUAAUACCCAAAAGUGGGAUUCCAUUACCUAGUGAAAGCUCCCAGUAUGUCGGCUCUGAUGCACUGCCGACUCCAUCCUUAAGUACUAAAGCAGAUGACUCUCAUACUGUUAAACAGAAACUUGCACUAAGACUUUCUGAAAAAAAAGGACAAGAUUCUGAGCCAUCUCUAAAUCUCCUGAGCCCUCAUAGCAAAGGAAGCACUGACUCUGGUUACUUUUCCCGCUCAGAAAGUGCAGAACAGCAGAUAAGCCCCCCAAACACAAAUGCCAAGUCUUACGAAGAAAUCAUCUUUGGAAAAUACUGUCGGAUUAGUCCAAGAAAUGCACUUAGUGUUGCUACAUCUGGUCAGGAGCGUACCAUGAUGGGUAGAAAAAGUAUAAUGGAACCAUUACCUCAUGUAAACACAAGGUUAGAUAUUCAAAUGGUUGAAGAUCCCACCUCACAGCUAAUCCCAAGCAAGGGAGAUGUAAUGGAAUCUAGUCAACCAAGUUCUCUGAAAUCCACCAAAUUCAACACUGAGCCCCGACAAUCCCAAACUAUCCCAGGAUCUACGAAAAAUGAAGGAAAACUUUAUCCAACAAGUCACCAAGGUAGUUCCCCAGUUCUCUUAGAAGCACCUGUAGAUUCUUCACCACUUAUUAGAAGUAACUCUAUGCCAACUUCUUCAGCAACUAAUUUAAGUAUCCCUCCGUCUUUGAGAGGGAGCCACUCAUUUGAUGAAAGAAUGACUGGUUCAGAUGAUGUGUUUUAUCCAGGGACUGUGGGAAUAGCCCCACAGCGUAUGUUAAGAAGACAAGCUGCAUUUGAAUUGCCCUCAGUACAGGAGGGGCACAUAGACACAGAACAUUAUGGGAGAAUAGGAAAAACUAUCAGUGUUGCUUCUAAUAGAAUGGUUGGUGAAAUGGGUCCAUCCCUGAAGGAAAAGAAAUUGAUGGCUGGUGAUAGGAUUGGUUAUGAUUACGAUGUCUGUCGGAAGUCCUAUAGGAAAUGGGAAGAAUCAGAAGCAACUAAGCAGAGCUUCAGGGAUAUCUCAUAUUUAAGUGGCUUAAAACAUGGAGGGGAAUAUUUUAUGGAUCCAUCAGUGCCAUCACAGGUAGUACCAACUCUGUUUGGAGUCACAUGUGAAACCAGAAAACGUAGGAAAGAAAAGAGUGUGGGAGAUGAAGAAGAUACCCCAAUGAUUUGUGGCAGCAUCCCAGGCACGCCAGUGAGCAUGAUGACUUCAGAUUAUAUCUCUGGUCAUGAUAACCCUUCUCAUAGUCACUCUGAGCGUUUUGAAUCAUGUAGACCCCAUCUGCAGUCUGGAACCUCCUCAGAAGAAUCAGCCCUAUCCACAGAUACUGAAAAGAUGGCAGACUCAGCAAAUAGGAAACCUCCCGGAAAUGUGAUUUCUGUAAUUCAGCACACAAACUCAUUGAGCAGACCAAAUUCAUUUGAAAGGACUGAAUCUACAGACCUCGUCACUAGCCAGCAGGAUAAAGCCUGUUCACCUUCUGAGACUUGUGAGAGUGAGAUUUCAGAAGCCCCUGUUAGCCCAGAAUGUGUCCAGCAUGGGGAUAGCACUGAAAUGAGGGGGAAAGCACCCUCUUCCCAACAGCAGCAUCAGCAGUCCUAUCACAUGCAGCCCAGGUUGGUUCGCCAGCACAACAUCCAGGUCCCUGAGAUUCGGGUUACUGAAGAGCCUGAUAAACCAGAGAAAGAGAAAGAGGUACAGAGUAAGGAGCCAGAGAAGCCUGCUGAAGAGUUCCAAUGGCCCCAGAGAAGUGAAACUCUUUCACAGCUCCCUGCUGAAAAACUACCACCGAAAAAGAAGCGUUUACGUCUUGCAGAUAUGGAGCAUUCUUCUGGAGAAUCUAGCUUUGAAUCCACAGGAACAAGCCUCUCUCGUAGCCCCAGCCAAGAAAGCAAUUUAUCCCAUAGUUCCAGCUUUUCAAUGUCUUUUGAAAGAGAAGAAUCUCUUAAGCUUGUGGCACCUCCCAAACAGGAUGAGUUUGGGAAGCAGUCAGAGUUUUUGACUGUUCCAGCUGGUUCACACUCACUUUCUGUCCCUGGACAUCACCACCAGAAGGAGAUGAGGCGCUGCUCAUCAGAGCAAAUGCCUUGUCCUCACCCGGCUGAAGUUCCAGAGAUCCGGAGUAAGUCUUUUGAUUAUGGAAAUCUGUCUCAUGCGGCUAUGGCAGGUGUGACCCCUCCCACAUUGUCCCCAUCAAGGGAGAGGAAGAAAUGCUUCCUGGUACGGCAGGCUUCCUUCAGUGGCUUCCCAGAAAUCAAUCCAACCGAGCCAGGCAUGGAACAGGGUAUAAAGCAGGAACAGAUGGAGCACAUGCAGGCUGGUCUCAGAUCUGCGUGGCAUCAUUCAUCCUCUGUGCUUCUUCCUAUUCUGGCAGAGGACUCUGGGAAUCAGCUUGGGGCAGGUUCAACCCACCUAGCACAGCAGCCAGUCAUGCAUAUGGAAAGUCAGGAAACUUUGAGAACUUCCCUAAUCCCUCCAGCACCUUACAUCUCAAGCAAACACCCACCAGAACAGCCACACUUAUUUGCACAUCAAGAAAACAUCCCAUUUCCCCCAAUUCACAAUGCCUUGUUUCAAUUCCAGUAUCCUACUGUCUGUAUGGUUCACUUACCAACUCAGCAACCUCUCUGGUGGCAGGCAUGUACUGAACCUUUGCAGAGGCAUUUUCAGCCUCACUUUGCGCUACAGAAAAAUUAUGGCAAGUCUCCUUUCCAGCCAGAAAUCCACACCAGUUAUCACUUAGAGCAUGCUACUGACCACCUUGGGAAGAAAUCUGAUGAUUAUGCACACCCAAAAGAACAAUCUUACCUGCACUAUUCAGGAAUGUCUGGAGAACACUCGAAAAAUGCUCUUGCAAAGUUUCAGUCAGACCAUAGUAUCAAGUCAACUGAUAUGUCCUCUGAGCAACAUCCUCAGGGUGAUUUUGAUUCAGCAAACUCUGGACCCGUGCAGUCAUUACCUGGAACAGUGGUUCCUGUCAGGAUUCAGACCCAUGUACCAUCAUAUGGCAGUGUCAUGUACACCAGCAUUUCUCAAAUACUCGGGCAGAACAGCCCAGCCAUUGUCAUUUGCAAAGUGGAUGAGACCAUGACUCAAAGAACAUUAGUCACCAAUGCUGCCAUGCAGGGAAUUGGAUUUAACAUUGCCCAGAUGUUAGGGCAACAUGCAGGCUUAGAAAAAUAUCCUCUUUGGAAAGUACCUCAGACCUUACCACUUGGUUUAGAGUCCUCAAUCCCAUUGUGUUUGGCUUCCAGCUCUGACACUGCCUCUACUCUUGGUGGUAGCAAACGUAUGCUUUCUCCCGCUAGUAGCUUAGAACUCUUCAUGGAAACAAAACAGCAGAAAAGGGUCAAAGAAGAGAAAAUGUAUGGUCAGAUUGUUGAAGAGCUGAGUGCUGUGGAGCUAACCAACUCCGAUGUCAAAAAGGAUUACUCUCGCCCACAGAAGCCUCAGUUAGUUCGACAGGGCUGUGCAUCUGAACCAAAAGAUGGUUUGCAAUCCGGGUCAUCCUCUUUAUCUUCACUGUCACCUUCCUCCUCUCAAGAUUAUCCAUCUUCCAGUGUGCCAUCCAGUGAGCCAUUCCCACUUAAUAGGGAAAAACUUUCUAGCUUCAGUGCAACACCACCAGGGCAGAAAUCCAGUGGCCCUUCUGAAGGCAAAGAAUCAUCAGAUGAAUUAGAUAUUGAUGAGACAGCAUCUGACAUGAGCAUGAGCCCACAGAGGUCAUCUUUACCAUCAGGGGAUACUCAGCUUGAAGAGCAAGGGAAGCAGCAGAAAUUCCCUGUUGGUAUGUUGUUCCAGAUGGCGUCUGGUCCAAGUGGGAAAAUGGGAAACUCGACUAUACUUCUAACAGAUGUGGCAGAUUUCCAGCAAAUUCUUCAGUUCCCCAGUUUGCGCACGACAACUACUGUGAGCUGGUGCUUCUUAAAUUAUACAAAACCCAGUUAUGUGCAACAAGCCACCUUCAAGUCCUCAGUUUAUGCUUCAUGGUGCAUUAGUUCAUGUAACCCAAACCCAUCAGGAUUGAAUACCAAGACUACUUUAGCACUUUUGAGGUCCAAGCAAAAAAUUACUGCAGAAAUUUAUACUCUGGCUGCUAUGCAUAGACCAGGAACUGGCAAACUCACCUCAUCAAGUGCUUGGAAACAGUUUGCUCAGAUGAAACCUGAAGCGUCAUUUUUAUUUGGUAGCAAAUUUGAAAGGAAACUAGUAGGAAGUAUCCUAAAAGAAAGAGGCAAAGGAGAUCUUCAUGGGGAUAAAGAUAUUGUGUCCAAACAAACUGAGCCAAUCCGAAUUAAAAUCUUUGAAGGAGGAUAUAAGUCAAAUGAGGAGUAUGUCUAUGUUAGGGGACGUGGACGAGGAAAGUACAUUUGUGAAGAAUGUGGGAUUCGCUGUAAGAAGCCCAGCAUGCUCAAAAAACAUAUCCGCACACAUACUGAUGUACGGCCUUAUGUAUGCAAGUUAUGUAACUUUGCCUUCAAAACAAAAGGAAAUUUAACAAAACAUAUGAAAUCUAAAGCACACAUGAAAAAAUGUCUGGAGCUGGGAGUAUCAAUGACAUCAGUGGAUGAUACAGAAACUGAAGAAGCAGAAAAUAUUGAAGAUUUGCACAAGGGGACAGAGAAGAGUAGCAUGUCAGGUAUUUCAACUGAUCAUCAAUUUUCUGAUGCUGAAGAAUCAGAUGGUGAGGAUGGAGAUGAUAAUGAUGAUGAGGAUGAAGAUGACGAUGAAUUUGAUGACCAAGGAGAUUUGACACCAAAAACAAGAUCAAGAAGCACUAGUCCACAACCACCCAGAUUCUCUUCAUUGCCUGUAAAUGUUGGAGCCCACAGGGCUCCUACUGAUGUUUCAAUGGGGCAUUCUUCAUUGAUCAGUUACUUAGUUACUUUACCUAGUAUUCAAGUCACCCAGCUUAUGACACCAAGUGACUCAUGUGAAGAUACACAGAUGACACAGUAUCAGAGAUUGUUCCAGAGCAAAAGUACUGAUUCAGAGCCAGACAAAGACAGGCUAGAUAUACCCAGUUGUAUGGAUGAAGAGUACAUGCUUUCUUCAGAACCUAGCUCCUCUCCUAGGGACUUUUCUCCCUCAAGCCGACAGUCUUCACCUGGAUAUGAUUCUUCACCCUGUCGAGAUAAUUCACCAAAUAGGUAUUUAAUGCCCAAAGGGGAUUUAUCACCCAGAAGACAUUUGUCACCAAGGAGAGAUCUUUCACCCAUGAGACAUCUUUCACCCAGAAAAGAAGCUGCAUUGAGGAGAGAGAUAUCAUCAAGAGAUGUUUCACCCAGGCGCCAUCUGUCACCAAGGAGGCCCUUGUCACCUGGGAAAGAUAUAGUGGGUAGAAGAGACCUCUCACCCCGAAGAGAGAGAAGAUAUAUGCCCACCAUUAGAGCACCAUCACCCAGAAGGGCUAUAUAUCAUAAUUCACCAUUGUCCAUGGGGCCGUAUUUGCAAUCCGAGCCAGUUUUGUUGGGACCUACUAAUUUACGAAGAGGAUUACCUCAGGUUCCUUACUUCAGUCUCUAUGGAGACAAAGAAGGUGCUCAUGAACAGCAAGGUUCUAGCCUUUUCCCUGAAGGUCCUAAUGACUAUGUCUUUAGUCAUCUUCCACUCCACUCUCAGCAACAAGUGCGAGCUCCUAUCCCCAUGAGGCCCAUUGGUGGGAUCCAAAUGGUCCACUCCAUACCUGCGGCCAUUUCAGGUUUACAUGCUCCGCCCACAAUGCCUCUGCCAGUGGAGGACUCUGAGGAAAAGCAAAGAGCUGUGGCUGAAACCAUUGCCAGAGAACCCUACAUCUCCCAGCCUCAUGAGAAACGUUCUUCUCACGCCUUGCACUCAUCUGGUUCACGCAGCACAUCCUCUUCCCCCCUACUCCUGCUGAAACAGAGCACUUCAGAAGACAGUCCAAAUGCCACAGAGAGGGAACAGGAGGAGCCCAUACAAACUUGUACAAAAGCCAUCGCCUCUCUCCGCAUUGCCACAGAAGAGGCCAAUCUGCUUGGGGCAGAUCAGCCGAGGGUGCUGGAGCCUCAUCAGAAACCCUCAGAAAGUGCACAUUUGAGCAUUAGACACUUUAGUGGAUCUGAGCCAGGCCAGCCCUGUACCUCAGCCACCCACCCUGACUUGCACGAUGGUGAAAAGGACAACUUUGGUACAUCACAGACUGAAUUAGCUCAUUCCACAUUUUACAGUAAGAGUUGUGUGGAUGUCCAAGAGUUAGGUUUUCAUAGCGGAAAAGAAUUACCUUCAAGCACACAGGAAGGCAAAGAUCCCGCAUCAGAAAAAAGUUAACUACAUUGAUUGGAGAUGCAUGGAGACUUUCACCCAUACUUUCACCCGUUACUUUUGUUUUUGUUUUUCUAGAGAUAGAAGUAAUCAAGUUUAUAGCAUGCCUGUCUUAAGUUACAGUAGUUUGCUAUUAUAUAUACUUUUGUUAUAUCAGAAAAAAAUUAGUUAAAACAACGAGUCAUCAUGAGCCUGACCAAAAUAAAAUUUGAAAUUCUCCUUUUGGGUCUGGUACUUUUAAAUUGUACAGAUGUUUGUGCCUUUUCUUUACUUUGCUUAUAUUCUUAUAAGCAUUUUUUAGCAGUAAUUUGUACAUAUUUUAGAAUUUGUGUAUCUGCUUUGUAAUAAAUGUAAUUUCUUUCCUUUUUUGGACACUUGGAUCUAAAUGAUGUAAAGCAAAAACAGCAUCAAUAUAUAUGUGAGGUUGCACUAAAACAUAUUUUUAUAUGAUUAAAACUGAACAGCUUUUAUGUACAGCUCCAAUUCUGUAAUACUAAUAUUUAUUUACUUUGUUUCAUAAAUUGUACAUUUUUUCUUAAUGUUGUGGAUUGCUUUUCUAUGUGAAGCAUGGGGUUUACUGUUGCGUAAUUAGAACAAACUGUAUAUUGUAAACAAGAUAUUUAAAUUAGAGUAUCUUAUCUUAUUCUGCACUCAUGCAUUAGUUUAACAAAAAGAUAAAGGAUGUAUCUGUCAGUUCUUAACUCUUGUAUUUUUUUUUUUUUUUUUUGUCUCUUGUUUGCUGGAUUGACGAUAACUUAAGUGCUGAUUGUGAUUUUAAACUGAUAGUACCGUAAAGCAUUAAAGUAAAACAAUGUGCUAUUGUGAGUUUUUUCAAAGCUUUAUAAAUCAGUUAUAAAUAUAUUAAAAAGUAUUUGGUCUUAUGUGAACAUGUUGAUCUAUAUACUCAUCUAAAAUAUGGGAAAACAUUCCGCCCCAUGUAAAUAUGUACAAGUGCAUCACUGGUACAAUUUUAUGGAACUCAGUUGGACACUAGAUUGCCAGAUACCUAUAUGUGGGAGUGUCUUUAAAAAUUAAAGGGACAAAGCACAUCCGACUGUGUAGAACUUGGUUAUCGGCCGGCCCGGUGGCUUGGCUUAGCAGUGCUGUGCAUUGCCAAUGGAGAACACCUGAGCUCAGAAGUUAUCUUGGUUCUUGCUGCACAAGUUGGCGAGUGGAACUCAGGCACCUUAUAGACACAUCAUACAUGAACUCUGAGGGGUGGGUGUGGAAGCAAGAAAGGAUCAUGGAGGCCUGCUCACUGGUCCCCUCUUCAUUCCUGUCUGUCCAUCCACAGAGUAAAGAAUUAGGUUAGCUAUUGGGGAGGUCACUUUACCCUCUGGGUUAGGGGAAGAGUGCAAAUGUUCUGGUUUUCUGGUAGGGUCAAAGGCUAAUGGAAAGAGAAUGUAGGAUUUGAAGAAUGAGAUGUUAUAUAGAAGAGGGAAUCAUUCAGAAUGGUUUUCAGUUAGGAAGGUAUGAAGGUAAAGAGAACUUUGGCUUGUAGAUUUGGAGAAAUGGAAGAAGCAGGAGGGAGUACAACGAUACAAAAACACAAUCUGGGUUAUCUUUGUUCUAUUUUAGUGGAUUAUAAUUCUGUGAAACCAAGUUUGUAUAUUGAAUUACAUUAAGGAGUGUUCUUUAAAAAGAAAUAAAUAUACAAUUACAUGCA